AUGACUCAGGAGACAAACCAGACCCCAGGGCCCAUGCUGUGUAGUACAGGAUGUGGAUUUUAUGGAAAUCCUAGGACAAAUGGGAUGUGUUCUGUUUGCUACAAAGAGCAUCUUCAGCGACAGCAAAAUAGUGAUAGAAUUAGCCCAAUGGGAACAGCCAGUGGUUCAAAUAGUCCUACCUCAGACUCUGCAUCUCUACAGAGAGCAGACUCUAGCAACUGUGAAGGUGCUGCUGGCAGCACAUCUGAAAAAUCAAGAAACAUGCCUGUUGCCGCUUUGCCUGUAACGCAGCAAAUGACAGAAAUGAGCAUUUCAAGGGAGGAAGAAGUACCACUGGAAACAGAGACUGAACCAG